UUUCUCACAUUACUUACGCAGUGUAAACACUAGAUGGCGCCACUACCUAUUGAUUGACGAUCAACAAAGAAAAAAAUGUUUGGAAUGCAACUUAUACAACUUUUUAUUUUUAUUUUAUAAGAGCUCAUAAGGCUCCCAAAACAUUCAGCCCUGGGCGGACAGCCAUAUCGCCCCUAAUAAACGACCGUAAUAGUAGCUUUUAACGGCUUCCUCCAGUUAUGUCCAGACACUUUUGUAACCACCGGAGUUACAAAACGUCGCUCCUCCAAACUGUUGCGUAGCGCCCUGUCACGUGACGGCGCUCCUUCACGAGCAGCCAACCUUUGAAAUAGUUUGUAGAUGUUGGAAAACAGCGGCUGCAGCGCAGACGCUCCGUCCUCCUCCUCCUGCUGCUGCUGAACUUCUCACACACUAAUUGGCGAUGGAGAAUAUGAAGCAGUUCCUGUUCGCUCUGUCCGCCGCCGGAGCAUUCGGGUUUGUCGCCAUAAUAUUCGUGCUGAGGUGGGUUCUCCACUUUAAGGAAGGUUUGGCCUGGGACGGCGGACUGGCUGAGUUCAACUGGCAUCCGGUGCUGAUCGUCACAGGCUUCAUUUUCCUGCAGGGCAUAGCCAUAAUUGUGUACAGGCUUCCCUGGACCUGGCGGUGCAGCAAGCUGAUGAUGAAGUUCAUCCAUGCAGGCUUGAACUUGGCAGCCUUCAUUUUUGCCGUUAUUUCCAUGGUGGCAGUUUUUGACUUCCACAACGUGGCUAAAAUUCCCAACAUGUACAGUCUGCACAGCUGGCUGGGUCUGGCAGCAGUUAUACUGUACGGUCUGCAGCUUGUUCUCGGAGUCGGCCUAUACCUGAUACCAGUUACACCUGUGUCCUGGAGAGCAGCUUUUAUGCCCAUCCAUGUCUACAGCGGUCUCUUUCUUUUCACCAGCGUCAUAGCAGUUGCUCUCAUGGGCAUCACAGAAAAACUUAUCUUUGGCCUGAGCAACCCCAAGUACAAGGACUCUCCCCCAGAGGCAAUCUUUGUGAAUGUUCUGGGAAUCCUCCUGGUUGUUUAUGGGGCUCUUGUCCUCUGGAUUGCCACUCGAACGUCUUGGAAACGCCCCAGUGACCAGAUCCUGCAUUCUCUGCAUACCAACAGGGGAAGUGAGGACAACAGCAAAGCUGGUCCGGCCCUCUCUGAACUGGCGGAAGGGGCCAAUCUUGAGGCUGAUGGAGAUGUCAGGAAGAGGAAUAGUAAAUCAGAGAGCUAGGCUGACAAUUUGGAUCAUUGAAAUAAAAACAUGCUGUGCAAGAAUUUUGUAAUACUCUUCAUUUCUCUAAGGUUUGGCAUGAAAAUCUAUUGAAUAAUGUGCAAACAUCUAAAAGAAAAUACACUAUAAAGUUUGCAUAAUUCUUACAAUGUCCACUAUUUUGUUUCAAAACACACCCUGUAUAUUCUUUAUCAAGUUUUCUCCAACCUUCAUGAAUGACAGUUCAAAGAUCUUCUUUUGGGUAAUGGCUGCCUUUUGUUUAGUUUACCUGUCAAGAUAACUUAUAAUGCUGAUUUAAUUAUUUUGAGGUUGAACCUCUGCAGAGACCAAACCAUGAAUGAUUGUAUUUCAUCUGUUUUUUUUCUUUCUGUGUUCUAUGUUUUACUGCUUUUGGCUCUGAAGUUGCUACAAACACCUUUUUGUCAGAGCAAAAUCUGAAAAGUCCAUUUCUACAUUUGUAUUUCUAUAAAUUUUUAUAAACAUUAGCUAAGUCCCCAAAUCAUGAUGGAGCCAACACCAUGCUUUAUUGUUGUAAAACUUCCAAAAAUCCUCUUGAAUUACUUCAGUUGGAACCACCAAAUUGUAUGCAAAUUUUUAUCUUUUUUUGUUACAUGAGAUUUUGUGUUUAUACAUUUUAGACUUUCAUCUGUAUUUUUUGAGAGCUAAUCUUCAUUGGUACUGUCUCUUGAGAUGCUUUCACAAACAUGGAUUGAAAGGAUAUGUUUUUUUGGCCCUGUUUUUGUCUUUCCUGGAUGGCUUUUGAAGACCUAUUUUCCCAUUGGUAUUUUUGAAGGGUCUAAAAACACAAUGUCAUUUGUUUUCUUGCUAGAUUUUCUGCUAUGUGUAGACCAAGCAGUGAUUUCUCCCUUUUGUUAGGUGCUUUUUUGAGUAAUUCACAGGUUAAUAUUGAAAGAAACAGCAGAAUGAAUUUUUUUAAUUCUUCAUAGUGCUAAAGAAUGUUCACCCAAGGCUGUGGUACAUGAGGUAAAUGAUGAAAUUAAAAUAAUACUUAACUAUGUAUUGUUAUAAGUGCAUUUAAAUAUUGAGCUGCUGAACAGAAUUAGAUGCUUAUAUUGGAAUAGAUGCUGGCAUUUACACUGCAGAACACCCUGCUUUUUGUUUUCUCUUUAUCCUACUGUAGUUGAAUAUUUGUAUUUUUUACUUUUUUGCUUACAACCAAGUUUAUAAUACAUUUUUAACUGUUUUUGCUUAA